AUGACUUCAUACGAUGCCCCCCAAAUGAUAUUUAAGUGGGAGGAGUGCAACCUCAAUCGUCAGUCAAGUAUUCUCUCGACUUCCUACCAUGCUCACUUCUUUCAUUGCCUCGCCCUCGCCCUCUCUGCAUUCGCCAGUCCUUACAAGAGAGACGCUGGUCUUACCGUCUCCUUGUCUGGACCAGCAUCCGAUGUCACCAGUAUCGAUGAUCUCAAGUUCACAGCGACUGUGGCCAACACUGGCUCAGAGUCGGUGAAGAUCUUGAAGUACGGAACUAUUUUGGAUGACAUGCUUCCAACCCAAUCUUUCACUGUCACCAAGGACGGAGAUACCGUUAACUUCACUGGGAUCAAGAUUUCGGUUUCUUUGAAGGGCACUAACGACUCUGUCUUUGCGGUCAUUCCUCCUGGACAAUCGGUUACUGCUGAACAUAAUCUAUCGGCCCUGUUUGACUUUGCCUCAGCUGGCCCUGGAACAUUCAUGUUCACGCCUGUGACGUCCUUCUAUAUCACUAGCCCGGAAGCUAGAGUCACCGAUGCGGCGAGCCUUGAUAAGGUUUCGAUGUCGUCUAGCUCUGUCGAUGUGAACAUCUCUGGUGACUUGACCAAGCGGGAUCUUUUUCCUGUCCUGAAUACUCGCGCAGUUGAUAUCUGUACUGACAAUACCAAAGCGAACGUUAUCGAUGCAAGCUAUAUCGGGGGGAAAAGUAUAGCUUCAUCGGCGUCCUCUUAUAUUGCAUCGAACGGUGAAGAUGCUCUUUACACUUCUUACUUCAGUACUACGCCGACAGACACGGUUCGCACGGUGUUUGAUAGAGUCGCAAACGAAGCAUCUAACACAAGGACGAUGGACUGCACUGAUCCGCUCCUUGUUUGUCUUGAGGUUCCCGGUGUUACUGCCUAUACUACCAUACCUGAGUCGGAUAUUUACUUCUGCGAUCUCUUUUUCACCUUGGAUUCCACUCCGGGUCUUUGUUACGGUACAGUGGACGACACGCCUACUACUGCCGGGGUUAUGCUCCAUGAGCUCACUCAUGCGACUUCCCAAACCAUCGAUGUCGCCUAUGGCUGCGCUGACGACCAGGAACUUCUUCCUGCUGAACAAGCUGUGAAUGCCGACAAUUAUAACUGCUUCGCAAACGAGGUUUACAAGGCCACUAUGUGCAGUUAG